GGGGCCGACAACAAGCGUGCAACUUUAUUGAACAUCGCGGACACAGACACGGUCGCGCGCACGCGCAGAGUCGGGACUGGCGUAAAGGAAGCGCGCGUGCACCCCCAGCCGCCUUCAAGAACGAGAAACUGAGCCAGUUGCCCAGCCAGUCUGACCCGGCAUGGAUGCUGCGGACGCCACUGUGGAGAAGCUCCGGGCACAGUGCCUGUCCCGAGGGGCCUUGGGCAUCCAGGGCCUGGCCAGGUUUUUCCGCCGCCUGGACCGGGACAGGAGCCGAUCCCUGGACUCGGGGGAACUCCAGCGGGGCCUGGCUGAGCUGGGGCUGGUGCUGGACACUGCCGAAGCGGAGGGCGUGUGCAGGCGCUGGGACCGUGAUGGCAGCGGGAUGCUGGACCUGGAGGAGUUCCUGAGGGCCCUGCGGCCCCCCAUGUCCCAGGCCCGGGAGGAGGUCAUUGCAGCUGCGUUUGCCAAGUUGGACCGCAGCGGGGAUGGUGUGGUGACCGUGGAUGACCUCCGGGGGGUGUACAGUGGCUGCGCCCACCCCAGGGUGCGAAGUGGGGAGUGGACCGAGGAGGAGGUGCUCCGCCGCUUCCUGGACAACUUUGACUCCUCUGAGAAGGACGGGCAGGUCACGCUGGCUGAAUUCCAGGACUACUACAGCGGCGUGAGCGCCUCCGUGGACACAGACGAGGAGUUUGUGGCCAUGAUGACCAGCGCCUGGAAGCUGUGAGCUGUGCACACUUGCUCAGCCAGCCCCGCCCCCGUAGUGUAGGACCCCCACCCUGGCCCCCCCUGAACCAGGUCCUCUCUCACCUGGGCUUCCAGCCAGGCAGCCCCUGAGGUGGAGGCCCUAGGACUGGCUGGAUCAGGUCUCCGAGGACCCAGCUUGGCCACCAGGUACAAGUGGGACAAAGUUUCCAAGGAUGGGUCACUGGUUCAGGACCCCCGGGAGCAAGGCCCUCCCUGUCCAUUCUGUGCAGACUCCCCUCCCCCCUCCCCCCAGGAGCCAGUGUUGGCAGGGAAGCAAACAGCUCUUCUGUGAAGCAAAGCUCAGCAGGGAGGCGGCCAGUCUUGGAAGGCAGCCAAGUUUGGUCACCUGCCCGGACGUGGAGUGUGGGGCAGGGGCCAGGGGCCCGCAGACAGGCCAGGUGGCUCUGGGACGUGGAGGCUGUUCCUGGCCAGUCUGUCUGGCUUCCUGAGGCCCCUGGGGCAUGCAGGAGGCCAGGGUUUUAGUUAAAAGUUUUAAUGUAGUUCCCAAAUACAUUUCAUAUGACAAUCUUACAUAAAUGUUCCAAAACA